ACUUGGUGGGUUUGGUUCAUCGUCCAAGUCUUCGAGGACAAAUCGUCUUUCUCUGAUUCUCAAGUCUUUCUACCACCAAAACUUCUUUUUCACCUUUUUUCUUCUUCCCUACCUUUACCGUUUCUCUUCUGUCCGAAACGUAACGUGCAUUUCACGAAACGGGAAGAAGGAAAAACCAAACUGAUCAAAACCCACUUCCCCAAUUUCCUUAAUUACGAUCAUGGUUCCUGGCAUUUUGGAUUUGUUGUCCGAUUGAAAAAAAUAAAAAUAAAAAAAAAGGGGGGGAAGAUUUUUUCUUUAUUUUCCAUGUUUUGGUUCUGAUAUUCCAAGUGGGGUUUUUGAGAUCUAAUGGCUAGGAGCAGAUCGUCUUCGAGCAAGUUGAGGUAUUGUAACCCCUCUUAUUACCUGAAGAGGCCCAAACGAUUGGCUUUGCUCUUCAUUGCGUUUGUUUGCGUGAGUUUGUUCGUUUGGGACCGUCAGACUCUGGUCAGAGAACAUGAGGUAGAAAUUCAGAAGUUAAAUCAAGAAGUGUCCCAGUUGCAAAAUUUGUUGGAAGAGAUAAAGAAUGUUGACAGCAAUGCGGUUAGAACAACCAUAAAUAAGUCAUCCAAGAAGGUUGUCUUGGAUGAUCCUGUUGAUAAUGAACGAAGAGAAAAAGUAAAGGAAGCUAUGAUUCAUGCAUGGAGUUCAUAUGAGAAAUAUGCAUGGGGCCAAGAUGAACUUCAGCCACAGUCAAAGAAUGGUGUCAAUAGCUUCGGUGGUCUUGGAGCAACUCUAAUAGACUCUCUCGAUACGUUAUAUAUUAUGGGUCUUGAUGACCAAUUCCAAAAGGCUAAAGAGUGGGUGGAAAAUUCAUUGGAUUUUGACAAGAAUUACGAGGCUAGUGUUUUCGAGACAACCAUAAGAGUUGUCGGUGGACUUGUUAGUGCAUACGACCUCUCAGGGGAUAAAGUCUUCCUUGAUAAGGCUAGAGAUAUUGCAGACAGAUUGCUGCCUGCAUGGGAUACACCCUCUGGGGUCCCUUAUAACAUUAUCAACUUGGCACAUGGAAGGGCACACAAUCCUGGGUGGACUGGGGGCGAAAGCAUCCUAGCAGAUUCUGGCACUGAGCAGCUGGAGUUCAUUGCUCUUUCUCAAAGGACAGGAGACCCAAAGUACCAGCAGAAGGUUGAGAAUACUAUAACAAAGCUGAAAGAAAGUUUCCCUGAUGAUGGCUUGCUUCCCAUUUAUAUUGAUCCUAGUAGAGGAACUGCAUCAUACUCCACCAUAACCUUUGGUGCCAUGGGGGACAGUUUUUAUGAAUACUUACUCAAAGUUUGGAUACAGGGCAAUAGAACUUCUGCUGUAAAGCAUUAUAGAGAAAUGUGGGAGAAAUCAAUGAAAGGUCUGUUGAGCUUGAUUCGGAGAACAACACCAUCAUCUUUUGCAUAUAUUUGUGAGAAGAAUGGGGAUUCUUUGACAGACAAGAUGGAUGAAUUAGCUUGCUUUGCUCCAGGAAUGCUAGCUUUAGGAUCAUCUGGUUAUGGUCCUGAUGAUUCUAAGAAAUUUUUAUUGCUUGCCGAAGAGCUUGCGUGGACAUGCUAUAACUUCUACCAGUCAACGCCGACAAAGUUAGCUGGAGAAAACUAUUUCUUUCAUGCUGGGCAGGAUAUGAAAGUGGGCACAUCAUGGAACAUAAUGAGACCAGAGACAGUUGAAUCACUCUUUUACCUAUGGCGUUUAACGGGCAACAAGACAUACCAAGAGUGGGGUUGGAAUAUAUUUCAAGCAUUUGAAAAAAACUCCCGCAUCGAGUCAGGAUAUGUUGGUCUGAAAGAUGUCAACUCUGGUGUCAAAGACAAUAUGAUGCAAAGUUUCUUUCUUGCGGAGACCCUUAAAUAUUUAUAUCUUCUUUUUUCACCCCCUUCGGUCAUCCCCCUAGAUGAAUGGGUUUUCAACACAGAAGCACACCCCAUAAAGAUCGUCACCCGGAAUGAUGGACAAAAUUCUGGAGGAACUGAAGGGAAACAGAAACCAUUGAUUAAGUUGCGGGGCAGGAAGCAAGGUCGACCGAGAGAUUACUAGCUAAUAUAUAUUACUAUUUUCUGAUAGAAGACCCUCCAAAUUUUCAGUCUUUCGUAGACAAAGAACCAAUUGAUUGAGUAUAGUAGCCCUCGAAAUUAGAUUCUGAGCUCUUCUGUUCAGGUAAUAAUGCGGCUCAACUUGUUUACGGUAGCUGGGAAAGGUGGUUUGGUUUCAUAGUUAAAAAAAAGAAAAGAAGAAAAAAAAGAAAAGGUUUUUACCCUUCUUUCACACUGAAUGGAUAUGUAAAACUUAGGUAUAGGAUAUUUGGCACACUAGGUAAAUGAGCUUUUCCCCAUUAACUUACUUCCAACUUUUAGGGAUGGACGAGUAUAUGUAAUUCUCCAUGGAAAACUGUAUUCUCUUCUUUUGUUUUUUCUGUUAUUGUUUCUGUUUCCUGUGCGUGUUGUCAUUGCUUAAACUUGUUACUUGACUUAUGUGGGGGCUGUUUUAUGACGAUGAUGUUGUCAUUAAUUAAGCUUAUCUUGAGAUA